AGAAAUCAAAGUCACGCAAAUCCCUUGGCUCAAGAACAGAAGAACAUAAGGACUGUAAUAAAACUUAGAAAGCUGCAUCAUUGCAUGACUGGUCUAGCUGUUGCCACUCAAAAGAAAUAUAAGUUUUAAAAAAAGGAGGAAAUUUUACGUGACUUCGGCACGAACUCAAGUUGCAUAUGCAUACAUACAAUCUCAUGUGUGUUUGCACGAAGUUUUUAUAGUUGAACAAGCGUUUUAAAUUAUUUUUUAAAAUGAACAGAAAUCACUAAUAACCAGAUAAACAUGUGAUGACGUCCUUAAAUGCACAAAUGAGGUUUUGACAUCUUGUUUUUCGUCAUUGUGCAUAUCUUUUACAAUAAUAAACACCUCCAAUUGUAAACGAUAGAUAUUUGUUUAUUUCAAAAUAUUUCGGUGGUAUCAAAGAUCGACCCAGGUGAUGAUAAUGUCAGUUGAUAUACGCAGAGGGAAUCGAUUAAUUAAAGCCUCCCUAGAACAUUAAUAUCGUUUAAUUAGCGUUUAGAAGUUUGCGUUGCGCCUUCAUAAUUUAUUUAAAGAAUCAAAUUGUGUAUUGGCAGUUACUUCGCGUUAUGAAUAUAGUUGAGCGUGCAGCGCAAGAAAACAUGAGUGAAGAAGCACGAGAAGCGCAGGUGGAGGUGAAGGUUGACGUCGAAAGCACUGUAGAAGAAACUACAUCCGCACCUGAAGUACCUCACACUAAAGAAAAAGUUGAAUACUCCAACAAAGCAAGGUAUCCAUAUCAAAACGAAGUUUUACCACCUAUUUACAUGUCUACUAUCGCCCAACCGUCAGUGUUCACUAACUACAUUCCUACAGUCUCCAACAGCAGCCCAAAGUAUGCUGUUGUAAGCACGGAGUAUGCACAUAAUGGAGCUGGUUACGUUCCAGUGGGUAGUGAAUAUCAGCGACUUUAUCAAACCUCACCUCCUAGUAUCGACAAAGCACCAAGCUUCCUCUCCAGGAAUAUUAGCAAAAGUUCUGAUGGCGAUAAUCAUUCUAAUGGUACAGCGCCACCCUCACCUUCCACCACACCGCCUGAAGAUAAGCAUGUGUGGUCAAAGGCCGAAGUAGAGCUUCUUCUGGACCUUUAUGAAACUUAUAAAGACCAGUUAAAGGAUCCGCGUGUGAGGAAAACAAAGGUUUGGGAGGACGUAGCCCGAAUCAUUCGAGAAAGGUUAGAUUCUGACGUGAAUGGUUGUCAGUGCAAUCAGAAGUUCCGAAACCUAAAAGCAGAUUUUCAAAAGGUGCUAGAACAUAACGGACGACCUGGUAAUUUUAAACGCGUGUGUAAGUAUUAUGAGCGUCUGGCAAGCAUCCUAAAUUAUUCUGGUAAUCCGAAUUUUAUGCACCCCAGCUCGAUGUACCAAAAUAACGCAGAGCUGAGAGAAGGCAGUGAAUACCAACAAAGACCUCAAAACGCACGAGAUAUAUACUUUGAAAACGGACGAUCUUCGCCUUCAAAGCAAGGUCAUAAGCGGAAGUUGCAUGAAAACAUACAGCUAAAUGGAAAUCAUAACGGCCACGUUGAACAAUAUUAUCCUAUUAAGAAAUCUAAAUCAAAUUGCAAUUGUGAAUGUAGCCAAGAAAUGGCAAAUUUACGCGAGACAGUCGAAAGAGUUAACAAUUAUGUCGUCGCAAGAGCAGCGCACGAAGAAGAACGAAUUCGACGCUUGGAAGAUAUACAUAGAGAAAAGUUGAUCGCAAUGAGUCGAUUUGUUGACAUUUUUAAAGAUUUCAUACACAAGAUGACUUAACCUGCGCAUAAUCAUAUUUUUUUAAUUUUUUUUUUUUUUUUUUUUGAAAAAUUGAGUUUAACUUAACUGAAGAAAUAUUGGCGGGAAGAAAAUUUAACUGAUCUCCGACGAAUUUAAAAUCUAAUUGAAAAGAAAAUAGGACUUUUAUGAAAAAGUUCUAAACUUUAAUAUUUGUCGGCGACUAUAUAAAAAAAAAAGAACGAGUCAAAAAGAUCAACUUUUAUGAAUUUUUUAAAAUAAGAUUUUGUCAUCCGCAACAUUAAAUUUCUGCCAAAACGAUUCAUUUUUGCUCGCCACCAAAUUAAAUUCUCACGAAAGUUAAUUUUUUUUAUCCGGCAUUAAAGAUUUCACUAACUUUACUUCUCAUCAAAAUUUCUUCCCUUCAGGUAUUUGUACUGUCUUGUUUUCAUCUUGGGACUGUCUUGACUUCUUUAACCGUUUGUGCUCCUACUGGGUAGAGGUCAACCUCUUUUCCAGGGCUGGAAGAGAAAAGCGCCCUGAGGACCAGGUUGAGUAGAGACCUGUCACCAUUGUGCCCUAAGUUUCGUCAUGACUUUUAUAAGAAACACGGGUUUUCAUUCUCCCCAGCUAGUAAAAGCUUAGGAUAAAACGGCGAUUUUCUGAGAAUAUUCCAGCUUUACAUUAUUUAAGAGUUACUGUUACUUCUUUUAACUCGCUGUGGUAUUAACACUUACAUAUGCUAUAUUAUUCGGGUAGCUAACAUUAAAAAUAGCUCAGAACUAUAGUCGGCUCUGUUUUUAUACAUCGAAUUUUAAAAAAUACUAAAUCCUUUAGGUUUAUGAUAUUGUAUAUUGUACAUAUAAAUAUGAGCACGGACGAUUUGUCUUAACAUGUAGAACCAUACUGUAAUAUAUAUUGACUGAUAUAAAUAUUUUUAUGAAAAGAAGAGUCCAUGAAACAGUAA